GGGGGCUGGAACACGGGGUUUGGGGUGAGAGUAUGGUUGCGGACUUGCUGGUUCGAUGGCGACGCUGGUUGGCUUGGGUUUUGCGGUUUGCAUUUUUUGGGUGCUGGGGUUGGUGGUUGAUGGACGGGUGGAUACAGAGUACACAACGACGUCAACGUUCGCUCACACAACACCGAUACUUCGAAACAUCGGUACCCUCGAGCUGGGAGCCACCGCCUAUGUACGAGUGGCCACGUCUUUGCCUCUACGUCUUUUCCAGCGUACUGCAGGACUUCACUGUUGGAGCGGCAGGAGCUUCGGAACGCAGUUCAGUCCAUCCACCUCUUUUCCCUUUCUAAUGCCGGAAAAAGAACUCCCCAAGGCCUGUGUACCAAGUUCCUAAGUCUCAGGAGUCACCAUAAGGUUCCAGCGAACAUCUCGCCUGUAGAAGUCCGGAACCACGUCUUGAGGCUGUGGAGCUCCGCGGUCGUCUACGCUCGCAAGGAAACGUCGCCCGUGAUCAAUGGAUGGAACAACUCUAUCCUUCAACCUCCGGUGAAGCCUUCGUUUCCCAUUGUCGCCAGUCAACUCUUCCUAAGAUCUCUUGUUAUCGUGAGGUCUUGCGGCACUCACACUCGCUCUGGAGAAAGCCUUUAGUUUAUGACUGGACUCGGCAUAGCAAUCUCGCGGUUUUGGUGACGUCGAGUGGUUCAGCAGUUACGAAAAGUGGAAUUGCUCUUGCGAGCAAUUGCACCUACUCAUUUGUGACAAGCUCGUCAACUCAAAUGGUCUCCGAUAUCUUAGAUCAGUAAGUGAUUGGACACGUAAAGAUUGAUGCUAUAGUAACCACGGUUGGUA